AUGGAGCUGUCCACCCGCCCCGGUGCUGAACGCUACCCCGAAUUUCCCUACAACAGCACCUUGCAAGACUUCAGCUCGAGUUUCCUCACGACGUCCAAUACCACCAGUCAAUCCCCGCUGAAGGACACCUCUUCCAUCAUCAUAGCCAUUGCGAUCACCGCUCUGUAUUCAGUGGUCUGCGUCGUGGGGCUGUUGGGGAACAUCCUGGUAAUGUAUGGGAUUGUCAGAUACACCAAGAUGAAAACAGCCACCAAUAUCUACAUCUUCAAUCUGGCCCUGGCAGAUGCCCUGGCCACCAGCACACUGCCCUUCCAGAGCGCCAAGUACCUGAUGGAGACCUGGCCCUUCGGGGAACUGCUCUGCAAGGUGGUCCUUUCCAUUGACUACUACAACAUGUUCACCAGCAUCUUUACCCUCACCAUGAUGAGUGUGGACCGGUACAUAGCUGUCUGCCAUCCGGUGAAGGCCCUGGAUUUCCGAACCCCUGCCAAAGCAAAGCUGAUUAACGUGUGCAUCUGGGUGCUCUCCUCUGUUAUUGGGGUCCCCAUCAUGAUCAUGGCUGUAACCAAAUCACAAGGCGGCAUCGUGAUGUGCCUUCUCCAGUUUCCUGAACCUCAGAUUUACUGGGACACCAUCACCAAGAUCUGUGUGUUCAUCUUUGCUUUCCUGGUCCCCAUCUUGGUCAUUACCAUUUGCUAUGGGCUCAUGAUUCUCCGCCUGAAGAGUGUCCGCCUGCUCUCGGGUUCCAAGGAGAAGGACCGCAACCUGCGCCGCAUCACCCGCAUGGUGCUGGUCGUGGUGGCCGCCUUCAUCAUCUGCUGGACACCCAUCCAGAUCUUCGUCAUUGUUUGGACCCUGGUGGGCAUUGACAAGAGGAACCCCUACGUCAUGGCCAGCCUGCACUUCUGCAUUGCCCUCGGUUACACCAACAGCAGCCUCAACCCAGUCCUCUACGCUUUCUUGGAUGAAAACUUCAAGCGGUGUUUCCGAGAGUUCUGCCUCCCCUUUCGGUCACGCAUGGAGCAGAGCAGCUUCAGCCGGGCCCGGAACACGACACGGGAGCGCGUCUCCACCUGCACUCCUUCAGAGGUCCUCAAUAAGUCGGCAUGA